AUGGUGGAGGAUAUUUGGAACCUGGAGUUUAGGACAGAGGAUGAGGCUUGCCAAUUUUAUAAUGCUUAUUCUUGUUGGCAUGGAUUUGUAAUGAGGAAGGACGACGUGGUUAGGGAUAAUCAAGGUAGAAUCAUUAGCAGGCAACUUGUUUGCAAUAAGGAGGGCUGGAGGAAUAUGAGGUAUCUUGAUCUGGAUGAUAGAUCAAGGGAGGCAAGGUCACUAACGCGAACUAAGUGUCCAACUCGGCUUAGGGUAAAGCUUGACUACGGCUGCGGUAGAUGGAAGGUAACAUGUUUUGUUGAAUCUCACAACCACGAUCUGACGCCACCCCAAUUUGCACAUCUGGUUCCAGCCAAUCGUCGUCUCACUGUCACUGAUAAAGUCCAAGUGGAAAAUCUUCAUAAUUUUGGUGUCAAGACCUGCCAUAUUAUGGGGUAUAUUGUGUUCCAGAAGGGUGGAUAUCGUCAUGCUGGCUUCACACGCAAAGAUUUGUACAACCACAUUGAUCGUUAUCAUCGGUCAAAGGUUAAAAAUGGGGAUGCCAAUGCGGCAGAUGGACAGUCAAUUAUCAACUAUCACUGCUUUGGAGAUAUUGUUGCCUUUGAUUCAACCUACAAGAAGAAUAAAUACAACAAGCCUUUGGUCAUUUUCUCCGGAUGCAAUCAUCACAGGCAGACUGUUAUCUUUGGCUCCGGCCUACUAUCCGAUGAAACCACAGAGACGUAUAAGUAG